UACCUCUCUCUCUCUCUCUCACGCGCGCACAAACUUCCCAUGUUCUUCCCCAGACAGAAUCAUCGACACACGCCAUGAAAUUCUCCAUUGUUGGUCUCUGUAUCUCCAACAGUUUUCGCAGAUCUACUCUAGUGCCUUUUUUUUAUAUAACCAUCACUUUCUUCUCCAGUAUCCGAUUCUGUUUUUGGUUCGAUCGGAUCGUUUCUGAAAUCUAAGUUGGGAUUCGCUUUCAUUUAUCAUCUCUUUGACCGCAACGUUUAUCUGGGUAUCCCUCAAGGUUUCCCUUUUUUUUUGCUCCUCCAACUUUCUGAUCAGUGGCCAUCGCAUCUCUUUUCGCCCAAUAUCAUCUUGUUCUCUGGUUCUGUGUUUUCACGUAGGGAGAGAGAGAUAUCUCAACCGAUCUUGCAUGGCUUCGGAAAAUAACAUUGGAAAAUCUUACAAGAGUGUUGAGAUGAGUGAAGCAGAGAAAAUGAAUGAAAUGGACUUGGGGGAAGAGGUCGAGUUCAGCAGCGUCAAGGGAAAAGAUGUCAAUUCGGGCUCGGAGAGGUCUCUGCAGUGGAGGCCAGUUUUUGGAGAAGCUUCCUCAACAUCCCAGAGGCCUUUGAAGAAGAUGCGGAGCCCUGAUCGCCAUAUCCCCUAUUAUCUCCAACACUCUUCUACUGCUUCUCAGCCGCCAUUUUCUUUCGGAGCAACUUCCUCUGUUUCACCUGUCUCUUCUUCUUCUUCUUCUUCUUCGAGGCUUGCUUUCCCCUUCGUCCUCGACCCAUCAAUUCAGCGCCCACAACGGUUAGGAUACGUGCCCGGCACCUGUUUUCACCCUCCCAACCUGCCAACCCAAAGCCGAGAGCAGAUGAUCUCGUUUGGUCCUCAACCGCACCAGAAUGCGAAUUUCCCGCCAUUUUCAAGCAUGGAUUCAUUUUCAAUGGCUCAGCAGCAGCAGUAUCUUCUUCAGUACUGGAGCGACACUCUGAACCUGAGCCCGAGAGGAAGGCUGAUGAUGAUGAGCAGGUUAGGACAAGAGGGUGGUCAUCUGACUCCGCUGAGGCAGUCCCUUCAGCCCUUCAGUGCCAGGAAGCUAUAUAGAGGAGUUAGGCAACGACACUGGGGAAAAUGGGUCGCCGAGAUCCGUCUGCCACGGAACAGGACGCGUCUCUGGCUUGGCACUUUCGACACAGCAGAAGCAGCAGCCUUGGCCUACGAUCGUGAGGCCUUCAAGCUCAGAGGGGAAAAUGCCAGGCUUAAUUUCCCUGAGCUUUUUAUCAAUAAUACUGAUAAAGAGAUUAACGCAACGACUGCAUCAAACUCUUCGCGCGAGAAACAGCCGGAACCACCGCCUCAAGUAAACCCUGCCUUGGCUAACGAAUCCAGAGUGGAUGAUCUUGACGAAGAGUCAGGGAUGGGAUCAAGGGAGGCCGCAGCGAACGAUGGGAGCAGCAUGGCUGGGGAAAUGGAGUGGGGAGAGAUGUCCGAGGCCUGGUUCAAGGCGAUUCCAGCGGGCUGGGGGCCUGGAAGUCCGGUUUGGGACGAUCUAGAUACGACCAGCAACCUUCUAUCGCAAUCUCAGUUUUCGUCUUCAAACCAUAAUCAACAUGAGCCCUGUGAUCCCCACCCAGACAGCCCUUCUUCUUGUCCUAUGAGGCCUUUCUUCUGGAAGGACCAAGACUGAAAAAGGUUUCUC